AUGAGGGUUAUUUCAUGGAGAUUGCAAGCGAGACACUGCGCUGGCAUCGCAGGAAUCGUGGUGCUGGUUUCGUGUUUCAUAUGUCUGCAUCUCAUUGGAGAAGUUUCUCGCUUGGAGCACGCAAGGGAACGACUCGAAACUGCUGUCGCCAAACUCCAGAAUAACCAUGUGGACAUAGGCCACCCACGACAUCUUGCUGCCACAAAUGACCAGAUGGAACUGACUGGCGCUGGACUUGAUGAUGGAAUUCUGAUUUACAACCGAAUCCCCAAGACAGGCAGCACUUCCUUUGCUGGAAUUGCAUAUGACCUCUGUAAACGCAAUAAAUUUCAUGUCCUUCACGUCAACACUACAAAGAAUGCUCACAUCCUGUCACUGUCUGAUCAGAUGAGAUUUGUACAGAACAUUACUGAAUGGGAUUCCAUGAAGCCUGCAAUGUACCAUGGACACUUUGCCUACAUUGAGUUUGGAAGGUUUGGAGCAGGUAGACGACCACUAUACAUCAAUGUGAUUCGUAAUCCUCUCCACAGACUUGUGUCCUAUUAUUACUUCGUACGACAUGGCGAUGAUUUUCGGCCUUAUUUAAAGAGAAGAAAAGCAGGAAAUAAUGAAACAUUUGACGAGUGUGUAGAGAAAGGAGGCAGCGACUGUGACGCUGAACACCUCUGGCUGCAGAUCCCAUUCUUCUGUGGACAAGACGCUGAAUGUUGGAAUCCUGGAAGCCAGUGGGCUUUGGAGAAGGCCAAACAAAAUGUGUUAGAGAACUACCUAUUGGUCGGGGUCACAGAGGAGCUUGGGGAUUUCAUUGCAGUACUGGAGGCUGUGCUGCCACGAUACUUUAGAGGAGCAGUCAAACUGUACAGCUUAGGGAGAAAGUCGCACCUGAGACGUACAGCAAAUAAGAUCCUGCCUAAACAGUCGUCUACUACCAAAGUGCGCCAGUCCUUUAUCUGGCGUAUGGAGCAGGAUUUCUACAACUUUGUGCUGGAACAAUUCCACUUUGUAAAACAAUCAACUUUUGACGUAGUUAAUGGAAACUAUGUGGAAAAGGGAAACAAUUUUCAUUACGAGAAAAUUCGACCAAGAUGAAGCUAAAGUGUUUCUUUUUCCAUAAAACAAUUCCAAUAUUGUGAUAUUUUUUGUCUCACUUCCUUAUUGGAAGGCAAAGAAAUAAUUUGAUGUGUAACAGUGUUGUGUGUAUGUCGGUAUAAAUGAGUUGUCUACCCUUCAAGUGUGGAGAAUCAGGUACAAUGACAUUGUUUUGUAUAAGGGAAGCUAUGGGCUACUAACGAGGAGUCGUGGGCUAUAACAAGGAUAUAAUGAACUACAGAGGGAGCAUGAUGACCUACUGGAGAGGAGAUUGAAUGAUAUUCGAUAUGAUGUGGACUUAGCGGGGAGAAUACGGUCUUGGGAAGGGGAGUGACAGGGUAUGUGUCUUUAUAAGAAUCAUGUUAGAUCAUGUUGAGAUAAGCUUGAUACCUGAUGUGUUGUGUGCAAGUUCUCAGGGUUUAUGAAAUCCGUGCUGCUCUUUACUCUAUGUUUACUGUUGUUGUAUAUUGUUUUUUGUUUUUAAGUUUGAUACUGGUUCAUUGAUAUCAAAUAUUAAUAACAUUCAAAUACUGGGACCAAUACAAACUAAAUCACAUGUAAUGCAAGAGAAUAAAUAACCAUUACUGGUGAGGUGUGUAGUGAGGACGGAUGAGGUAUGUAGUGAGGACAGAUGAGGUGUGUAGGGAGGACAGAUGAGGUGUGUAGAGAGGAAAGAUGAGGUGUGUAGUGAGGACGGAUGAGGUGUGUAGUGAGGACGGAUGAGGUGUGUAGUGAGGACGGAUGAGGUGUGUAGUGAGGACGGAUGAGGUGUGAAGUGAGGACGGAUGAGGUGUGUAGUGAGGACGGAUGAGGUGUGUAGGGAGGAUGGAUGAGGUGUGUAGUGAGGACGAGUGAGGUGUGUAGUGAGGACGGAUGAGGUAUGUAGUGAGGACGGAUGAGGUCUGUAGUGAGAAUGGAUGAAGUGUGUAGUGAGGACAGAUAAAGUGUGUAGGGAGGGCAGAUGAGAUGUGUAGUGAGGACAGAUGAGGUGUGUAGGGAGGACAGAUGAAGUGUGUAGGGAGGACAGAUGAGGUGUGUAGGGAGGACAGAUGAGGUGUGUAGGGAGGACAGAUGAGGUGUGUAGUGAGGACGGAUGAGGUGUCUAGUGAGGAUGGAUGAGAUGUAGUGAGGACAGAUGAGGUGUGUAGUGAGGACGGAUGAGGUGUGUGGUGAGGACGGAUGAGGUGUCUAGUGAGGAUGGAUGAGAUGUAGUGAGGACAGAUGAGGUGUGUAGUGAGGACGGAUGAGGUGUGUGGUGAGGACAGAUAACAUGUGUAGGGAGGACAGAUGAGGCGUGUAGUAAGGACAGAUGACAUGUGUAGUGAGGACGGAUGAGGCAUGUAGUGAGGACAGAUGAGGUGUGUAGUGAGGACAGAUGAUGUGUGUAGGGAGGACAGAUGAGGUGUGUAGUGUGGACAGAUGAGAUGUGUGGAGAGGACAGAUGAGGUGUGUAGGGAGGACAGAUGAGGUGUGUAGGGAGGACAGAUGAGAUGUGUAGUGGAGAUGUGUGGGGAGGACAGAUGAGAUGUGUAGGGAGGACAGAUGAAGUGUGUAGAGAGGACAGAUGAGAUGUGAGGGGAAGACAGAUGAGGUGUGUAGUGAGGACAGAUGAAGUGUGUAGGGAGGACAGAUGAAGUUUGUAGGGAGGACAGGUGAGUUUGUAGGGAGGACAGGUGAGGAUUGUAGGGAGGACAGAUGAGAUGUGUAGGGAGGACAGAUGAGGUGUGUACUGAGGACAGGUGAAGUGUGUAGGGAGGACAGGUGAAGUGUGUAGUAAAGAUGGAUGAGGUUUGUAGGGAGGACAGGUGAGGUGUGUAGUGAGGACAGAUGAAGUGUGUAGGGAGGACAGAUGAGGUGUAGAUUUAGGACAGACAUGGUGUGUGUUAAAGACAGGUGUGAAAAAGUAAGAAAAUUUAUGUAUUGCAUUACAACUG